GCCAUCCUCCCUCUCUCUUCUCAUCCACCACCUCUCUCUCUCUCUCUCUCGUCUUCAAACGUUCCUCUCAUUUCCUCAGAGCAACAAAACCAAAGAAGCUAUACAGUGAGCUCAUCAUGGCCGUUGAUCUAAUGCGUUUCCCUAAGAUGGAUGAUCAAAAGGCUAUUCAGGAAGCUGCAUCGCAAGGUCUACAGAGCAUGGAACAUCUGAUUCGCGUUCUAUCUACUAACCGCCCUGAACAACACAGCAACGUUGACUGCUCUGAGAUCACCGACUUCACCGUUUCCAAAUUCAAAACCGUUAUUUCUCUCCUUAACCGCACAGGUCACGCCCGGUUCAGACGCGGACCGGUUCACUCAACUUCCUCAUCUCCUCCGAUACAACAGAGUCAAAUCGUAAAAACCGCUCAAUCUGAAGCUCCGGUUGUUUCUCAGCCGGCGAGAGCAACAACGAGUCUCCCUCCGGUUGUUGUGACUCCGUCGAGGCCGAGCGUAACACUCGACUUCACUAAACCGAGCAUCUUCGGAUCCAAUUCCAAGAGCUCCGAGCUGGAGUUCUCCAAGGAGAACUUCAGCGUUUCUUUAAGCUCUUCCUUCAUGACGUCAGCGUUAACCGGAGACGGCAGCGUGUCCAAGGGAUCUUCAAUCUUUGCUCCGUCGCAGACUGUCACAUCCUCCGGUAAGCCGCCGCUGGCUGGUGGUCAUCCUUAUAGGAAAAGAUGCAUCGAGCAUGAGCACUCUCGGGAUUUUUCCGGCAAAAUCUCAGGCACCGGACACGGCAAGUGCCAUUGUAAGAAAAGCAGAAAAAAUCGGCCGAAGAGAACCGUGAGGGUACCGGCAAUAAGUUCAAAGAUCGCCGAUAUUCCACCGGACGAGUUUUCUUGGAGGAAGUACGGUCAAAAACCUAUAAAGGGCUCACCACACCCACGUGGUUACUACAAGUGUAGUACGUUUAGAGGAUGUCCGGCGAGGAAACAUGUGGAACGAGCUUUGGAUGAUCCAGCUAUGCUUAUAGUGACUUACGAAGGAGAGCACCAUCACAAACAAUCUCCGAUGCAAAUGAAUGUUUCAGGCGUUAAUGAUUUGGUGUUUGCUUCGGCAUGAUUUUGACUUGUGCUGUUUUCUUUAAUUUUUUUUAUUACUAGAUGGAAUGAUUUGUAUAUUUUCUUACUUAAAAUAUUUUAAUUAGAAAAUAGUCUCUGGUGGAAUAUAUUUCUAUGAAAAUGAUCUCGCGGUGCGUUAUAAAUAUUAGACAAUAUCAGCA